CGUUACGUGAUGACGUAAUUUCUGCCUCGUUGGAGGGUGAUUUUAGCAGGAAACCGAACAGAAAAAAAGGGAAGAAAGGCAGAGCCGAGCGCCGUGUUUGUGUCUUUAUUCUUUACCACAUUUCACACCGAAACUACACAGAUCAUCGAAAGAUGUCGCUGAGUGAGGAGCUGCAGGACACGGAGGGACCGGACCUGUUCGGUCUGCUGUUUCCUGAUGAAGACACUGGAGAUGAUGACCUCUUCUUCUCUGAUGGGAACAACCUGAUGGAGGACCUGCUGUCUGAACAGGACAUGUUGAGUGCAGUGGACACGGAGGAUUUCCUCAGUCGGUUGCUAGGUGAGGAGGACGACGGUUUCUCCGCCCCCUGUGUGUCCCUCUCUCCACUGGGCAGCGACAGCGGCAUCUCGGACGACCCCAGCUCCAGCCCCCACAGUGAGACGGAUUGUGUGAUGGAGGGCGUGGCCGAGGGCGUGUUCGAGGGUGUGGCUGAGUGUUAUGAAGCCCAGGUGGUGGAGACGGAUCACUGUUACGCCUUACACAGCGUCCGAACCGACAAACCGGACACUGACGUCUUCAUCAACCUCGAUGAUAUGGAUGAGAGUCUGAGUCCUGAUGUGUGCAGUGAGCUGCCCUGCUCUCUCACUAUAGAGGAGUCCAACCUGAGCAACAAGUUUGAUCACAUGUUCCAGUUUAAGGAGAUCAUGCUGACGGACGAGGAGCAGCGACUUUUAGCCAAGGAGGGAGUGACCAUCCCAACACACAUGCCCCUCACUAAGGCGGAGGAGAGAUCUCUGAAGCGGGUGAGGAGGAAGAUCAGGAAUAAACAAUCUGCACAGGAAAGUCGCAAGAAGAAGAAAGUGUAUGUGGAUGGACUGGAGAACAGGGUUGCUGUAUGUACAGCUCAUAAUCAGGAGCUCCAGAAAAAAGUUGAACUGCUGCAGAAACAAAACAUGUCUCUGAUGGAGCAGCUGAGAAAACUGCAGGCUAUAGUGAAGAUGAGCACCAUGAAGACCAGCACUACCAGCACCUGUAUCAUGGUGUUCUUGCUGUCAUUCUGUCUGAUUAUUUUUCCUUCCAUCAAUCCGUUCGGCAACUCUGUACAAAAAGAUCUGUAUGCUUCCUCAACAGGGAUGUCUCGUGCUCUGCGUGCGUUUCCCGCCAUGCCCAAAACCGAGGCCUUCAUCAGCUCUAAUGAGGUGACCGAGGAGGAAGAGGAGGAGGUGUCCAGGGUGGACAAUAAUCACGUCCUCCUGAAUCAGACGCCCGACUACCAGCGGCUCGACCAGUCCGACUCAGAGACGGCCGUCAACAGCAACUCGUCGUCCGACUUCCCGUCCGGCGCCAUCACACACGCUCACACACAGACACACACUCGCUCGGACCCGGCGGCGCCCCCGGUGGUGUAUGACGGUCAGAGCGUGGGUAAAGAGAGCUGGCUGGAGCAAACGGCUACUGCGGUCAUUAUACAGCAACAUCGCUCUGAUGAGAUGUAGACACACACACACGGGACACAGACAUAUUAUUAUUUUAUUUUGGUAUUUAAUCAGAUGUAAUUGGGCGUGUGCUGAUAAUCAGACCUAGCUGUAUGUAGUGACUCCCUAACUAGGCGGCCUACAGAGGCAGCAGAUGUGCAAUUGAGAUGAAGAUCCAUCAAAUUAAAACCUCCUUCAUUUUGUAAAGAUUGUAGUCCCAUAAUACUUCCAGAUGUUAAGAUGUAUAGAUUUUCUUAUGCUGAUUGUAAGACAAAGGGGCGUCACUUUCUUCUUUCUUCAUCCCUUCUUCUUCACAUGCACUGUUACGUUGUUUUUUUAAACAUUUAAGCACUUUCUUUUGGUCCACACCCCUCUGUUAGCUCACACACCGCGACGCUACACAGCUUAGCUUCUCAGAAGGAGGUGGUUUCAGUGUGUGUGAUGAUGAUGUGUGUGUGAUUAUAGUGGAGCUGUAGCAGGGCAUUCCACAUCAUCAUCAUCAUCAUCAUCCUCAUCCUCAUCCUCAUCCUCAUCCUCAUCAUUGCAGUACUUCAGUAAGAACAGAUGAAUUUUUCCUGUGUGUGUGAUGAAGGAACUUGUGGAUCCGCUCAGGAAUCUUGAUCUGUUGUGUAAAUAUUUGUGUAAAGUGAAGAUGGAGUCUCGUGUCUUUAAGCUUUUAAUGGAUCGGUCAGCAGGUCCGAGCUGUACAUAACGCUGCAGCUGUAGAGCCUCAGACUUAAAUCUGCACUGUAUUAUUAUCAAUGUUGUUGCUUUUAUUAAAUAUUAUUUGCUUAUCGGU